ACACAAUAUGCAAAAUAGAUUUUGCUACCCGAAACAGACUAUGUGUUACAUAGGAGUUAAAUAACUUAUUUAUAAAGAAUAUGAUACCUUUUUCUAAAAAUUAUGUUCUUUAUGAAAACUAUCUCAAAUGGAAGGGGUAAUAUUCAACUGACUGUUCAGUUUGAACAAUUGCCCAGUUAAAAGAAGCUGAAAAUUAUAGUCUUUUUAUAUAAUUUCAAUUAAUUUUGGGUAUUUGCCUAUUUAAUACUUCAACUUGGAUAUCUCCUCUCUUGUCAGUAUAAGCAUUCCAGUUAUGGAAGUUGCCCUAUUAUCUUUUAAUGACAGAAUGUAGCAUUUCACAGGAUCAAAUCAGUUGGGACCAGACCAGAUAUCCAGAUCAUUGCCAUUAAUUUUAGGGUGUGGGAUUCAUUUUUAUCAAACAUUACGUGAAAGUUAAUUAUCCUCAUAUUUGAUAUUCAGCCUGAAGUCAAGGAGAGCCUUAUACAAAAAAACCCCCACCCAACUCUUCAUGGCCACAAUGUAGGAAAACAUUGUAAGUCCAGGUUUACGCUGUUCUUUGUUCAGCAGAGCUCUGGGAACUUCCCUGAAGUGCUGAGGCCUUUCAAUGAGACUUCAGCCUGUAUUUCUUACUAGACAUAAAUUCUGCCUUCUCUCAUGAACAGACACAGUAUUGAUCUUCAUUUCUGCAUGCUUUUAUCCCUGAUAUCUGCUGUCCUAUAGAAUGAAAGGGCCUGUCAUCAGUGACAAAGAACAAUGGACUACUCAAUAUCACCUUUAAAUAUGACAACUGUACACCUUACCUGAACUCAGUGGGCAGACACGUGAUCGGAGACGUGCAGAACAUCACUAUCAGUCAGUAUGCCUGCCAGGAACAGGUUGCUGUGAUGAUACUUUGGACAGCAAAUGCCAUUGGGAUCGAAUACCUGAAAGGAUUUCGAGUAAUACUUGAGGAGUUAAAAUCAGAGGGAAGACAAUGCCAGCAGAUGGUUUUAAAAGAUCCAAAGCAGCUCAGCCCCAGUUUUAAGCGAACAGGAAUGGAAUCCCUGCCCUUUGUAAAUUUGAAGUUUGAAACAGAUUACUUUGUAAAGAUUGUUCCUUUUCCUUCCAUUAAAAAUGAAAGUAAUUAUCACCCAUUUUUCUUCCGAACCAGACCAUGUGAAUUGUUGCUACAGCCAGAAAACCUUGUCUGCAAACCUUACUGGAAGCCAAGGAAUGUGAAUGUUACCCAGCAGGGUUUUAACAUGCAAGUGUCCUUUGAUCAUGCACCUCACAACUUCGGGUUUAGAUAUUACUUUCUUCACUACAAACUCAAGCAUGAAGGGCCAUUUAAGCAAAAGACCUGCAAACAGGAGCAAAACACAGACACUACAAGUUGUGUUCUCCAAAACGUAUCUCCAGGGGAUUAUAUAAUUGAGCUGGUUGAUGACACCAAUACAACAAGGAAAACAAUGCACUAUGCACUAAAACCAGUACAUUCUCCGUGGGCUGGACCGAUCAGAGCCAUUGCCAUCACAGUCCCUUUAGUUGUCAUUUCAGCGUUUGCAACACUUUUCACAGUGAUGUGCCGCAAGAAACAGCAAGAAAAUAUAUAUUCCCAUCUAGAUGAGGAGAGCUCAGAAUCUUCAGCAUAUGCUGCAGGUCUCCAUGUGGAAAGACUUCAUCCCCGGCCAAAAGUGUUCAUCUGCUAUUCCAGUAAAGAUUGCCAGAAACACAUUAAUGUCAUCCAGUGCUUUGCUUAUUUUCUUCAGGACUUUUGUGGCUGUGAGGUGGCUCUAGAUUUGUGGGAAGAUCUAAAAAACUGUAAAGAAGAUCAGAAGGAGUGGCUUAUUAAAAAAAUUAACGAGUCCCAGUUUAUCAUCAUUGUGUGUUCCAAAGGAAUGAAAUACUUUGUUGAAAAAAAGAACUGGAAGCACAGAGGGGUAACCAAGGAUGCAGGAAAGGGAGAACUCUUUCUGUUUGCUGUGUUGACUGUUGCAGAGAAGCUUCGUCAAGCAAAGCAGAAUUCAGCUGACCUGUGCAAGUUCAUUGCAGUCUACUUUGAUUACUCCUGUGAAGGAGACAUCCCUGCUAUUCUGGAUCUGAGCACAAAAUACAAACUCAUGGACAAUCUGCCUCAGCUGUAUUCACAUUUACACUCCAGAGAUCUUGGUGUACAGGAUUCAGAGGUGUUUCCUGUUAACAUUAGCAAAAGGAAUUAUUUCAGGAGCAAAUCUGGGAGGUCCCUCUAUGUUGCUAUUUGCAACAUGCAUCAGUUCAUUGAUCAGGAACCAGAUUGGUUUGAGAAACAAUUUAUUCCCUUCCCUCCACCUUCUUUACAUUACUCGGAGCCUGUCAUGGAAAAAUUUGAUUCAGGCUUGGUUUUAAAUGACUUAGUGAAUAAACAGGUGAUGGAUGGCGAUUUUUACCUGAAAACAGAUGUAAAUAUUAUUUCAGCAGGGAAUUCAGACUCUCACUGUAUAAUUCAGCACUUAAACCUUGGAGAAGAUAUAGAAACUCAGGACAUUCAAGGUGGUGGCAACUCUGUUCUUCAGCCACUGCUACACAUUGUUAAAGCUUCAAAAGACAUGCCUCGAGAUUCUGGAAUCUACGAUUCGUCUGUUCCUUCAUCUGAAUUAUCUUUACCUUUAAUGGAAGGACUAUUGACAGACCAAAUGGAAACAUCUUCCAUUACAGGAAGUGUUUCUUCAUCAUCAGGUUUAGGGGAAGAAGAACCUCCUGUAAUCACUGCUACAAAGUUCUUAGUGCCUGGAAUAUGUAAGGCAGAACUUCAUUGCCACAUCCAUACUGAUGAACUGCAGGCAAUUGCUCCUUUAUAAUCCAUUACAACGUUGUUAUGCAUUGCCACUUUAUCAACAGCCUCUGUUUGUGAUUUAACUACCACACUGUCUCAGCACUAAACCUACUUGAAGGAAGAGAUAGUCCCUGAAGAAGAUCUGUUAUUCCAUUUUUUGUGGCCAGUAAACUUUAAUCUGUUGGUCUUUUUAUAACAAGUCUUUCAUGAUUUGAAAAAUGCAGCAUGGAAAAAUAGAAGAGAAUACAUUUCAGAAUUAUUCCUAUUAUAAUUUAAGUGUCAUGAUAUUACACUGUUUACAGAUGCCAUAAUCAUACUGUUUUUUGCUAGAAAUAAUUUUGCAACUGGACAUAAAAUAGCUUGGAACAUUAAGUCUUAGUAAAUUUUGUAGUCCAGCCUCUAGUUUUAAGUGCUGAUGUACUUGGUGGCAGGAGUGUUGUAGUGAAUGAAAGCAGGAUUUUUUUUCAGAAGUAAGAUAAAAUGCCAAAGGUGAGAUCAAGAAAUUCUCCAUAGGAAGAAAUUUUCUUUUAGAAAUGUUUGAGCUCCUUUCCUCAGUCUCCUCUUUCUCCCAGAUGUUAAUGUGUCUCAGUAUUUAAUUUCAGAUGAGUGCAUGUCUCCCUAUUCUGCAUUAAGCUCCUGUCUCCCCUUCCCAGUCUGGCUGUGAUGACUCACAAAUAGCACCAUUCUGAGGCUGAAGUAUCAUUUUUAUGAUAGGCAAAAAUAUAGGUCCUCCAUAUGCUGAGUGGUACCAUGGAAACAAAGUUUUCUAUUUUCUUCCUGGAAAGGCUAAUGGAAAGAAUACUUUGAAGAGCAGAUUUUAUAUUGAAGAUAUCAUUCUGGAUUUGUUCAGCCAUGAGAUGAGGAUGCUUUAUGGGGGGGUUCAUUUUAUCCUUCAAGGACAUGAUGCUGCAAAAUCACCUGGGAUAAAACAAGCCAAGACAAGCAGUUAACAGGCAGAAAUACUUUGUUUUGAGCCAGCCAGUAAACAGAAGCCUGUGAGUUACUUUGCAGUUCACAAUACUUAUCAUUACUUAGUAAUUAAGAUAGUAAAGUGUUAAUGUGUUAUAUUAAGAAA